AUGCAGGGGGCUUCCUUUACUGUCUUAUUGGCUGGGUCACACCACAUGCUCAUCCCUGAACCAGAAGAGGAGGAGGAGGAAGAAGAAGAAGAGGAGGAGGAAGAAGAAGAAGAGGAGGAGGAGGAGGAGGAGGAGGAGGAGGAAGAAGAACAACAAGAAGGAGGAGGAGGAGGAACAGGAGGAGCAGCAAAGGCAGAACUUGACUUAAAAGUGGCUUCAGAGGAAAGGCAAGAACGUCUUGAAGGAAGCGGAAACCAACAGCCGCAGGAUUGUCAAAGUUAUGGAAAAAAGAAGGAUGUGAAGUCUGAAAACGGCGUGUUGAAGAAAAAUAGUGCCAAACUGAGACGAAAAGUGUGCGCAGUAAAAAAUGCCAAUCUCAAAAGGGAAAAGGAAUAUAUUCGGAAAAUCAGAAGAAUUGGAGAAACAAAUACUAACUUUCAAAAAAGUAUAGGACUCAAGGAGGAAAUGAUAGCAAAAACAAUGUCGCAGUAUUGUCAACAGCUUGAUGAUCUCAAAGCUGAGAAUACAAGGCUGAAUUCAAAAUUGAAGAAGGAAAAACACAGCAAGAAAAGACUGGAAGCCGAAAUGGAAUUCCUCUAUUCUAGACUGGCUGCUGCUGUAAAUGUGCACAAAGAAAGUGUGCAGAGGAAGGACCUAGAGCUCACUUUACAAAGAGCAAAAGAUGUUCAUGUGCAAGAAGUAAUACGUUCUAAUAUUUCUCAACUAGAAGAUAAGAAUAAGUUGCUUACUGUACUACUUUCUAAAGCUCGAAGGAAGUUUAAUACCUUAAAAGGUAUGCUCCACAAGACAAGAGAUGCUCUCAGGGAAAAAACAUCGGCUUUAGAAAGUGUAGAGAUGGACCGAAGGCAAGCACAGCGUCGAAUAAAGGAAAUGAAACAGAUACGUCUAAAUGAGGAAGCUAAAAAGAAGCAAUUCAUGGUAAAGCAGAACAGUGAGGAGAGAAUAUGUCAACUAGAACGCAAAAAUCUCUUGCUUAUACAACAUCUAGAGGUUGCUCGUAAGGAAGGCAAUAAUAAAGAGAUAGUAAUUAAUGUCGAAAGAGACUGUCUUGAGAGUGGACGGGAAGCUUUUCUAGAAGAGAAAAAUAAGGAAUUAAUGAAUGAACGUAAUUAUUUAAAAGAAAAACUGUUUCAGUAUGAAAAAGAAGAAGCAGAAAAACCUGAAAGACUAAAUGAAGAAUUAAGAAAAGUUUUUGAGUUAAUAUCAUCACUGGAGUAUAAUGUGAAUCAAACAACAAAGAAAAAUAAUGAAUUAGAAGAAGAGAGAACUGGAUAUAAGAAACUCCUAGAGAUGACAAUAAAUAUGUUAAAUGUAUUUGGAAACGAAGAGUUAAGUUUCCAUGGAGACUUAAAAACAGAUCAAUUGAAAAUGGAUAUUCUGCUUAAUAAGCUAAAACAUAAGUUGGAUGAUCUUAUAGCAGAGAAGGAAGUUCUAUCUUCAAAACAUGCCAGUUUGGCUGAAGACAAUCAGGUUAUUCAGCAGGAGUUAUUAUCUAUGAAAAAAGUGCAACAGGAAUGUGAAAAACUUGAGGAGGAUAAAAAGAUGUUAGAAGAAGAAAUAUCAAAUCUUAACACACAUAUGGAAAACAAUAUGAUAGAAUUUGAUACAGUACAAGAAUAUAAAUCAGUGCUAGAAGAAAUGGCAAAGCAGGCAUUAGAAAAAUUAGAAGAAACCCAUUUACAGAAAGAAGCAGAAUAUGAAAAACAUUUAGAGCAGUUAAACAAGGAUAAGGCAGCUUCACUAAAUAAGAAGAAACUCGCACUCCACCACGUGAAAUGUGAACUCUCCAAAAUGGAAACUGCUUAUGAAAAGGUUACAACCGAAUUAGAAGAAUAUAAGGAAGCCCUUGCAUUAACAUUAAAAGCUAACACUUCCAUUUCAAAAAAAUGAAUGAAGUGAAGCUGGAUUGUGAAGAACAAAUAAUUAGAAGAACAAAGAAAACUGUUGCUGUAUUGCAGUCUUGCUCCUGUCUACUUUCUUCUCUAAAAUCCACUGAUAAACCACAUCUAAUGAAGAGACUAUCUAAACCAUAAAAUCUUAAGGAAAAAGCAUAUGAUUUAAAAAGCCCUGGCAUGAGUGAUUUUCUUAGAAGCAGAGGUGGCUCCAACAAGGAAGCCCAGGCGAGCCCUCCCCAGCGUGUGCCCUUUGUCCCCAACAGAAGAACCGCGGCUGCAUCCACUGAGGCAGGUUCCCAUUUUGAUGGGUUGUGUCACCCUGUGAUGUUGCCGUUGCUGAGCUCCCAUAGCCUGUGUCAUGGAGCAGUGAGAGACACACAGCAGUGUCUGUGACUGGUUCUGAACGCAGAACUGUUUUCUAGGCAAGAGGCACAUCUCAGCACAGCUGACUGAUUAGGCUCAGCAAGGCCAUUCUGUAUCUCCUCUGGACACCCCCAGGACCACCCAGGAAAACGCCAUCAGGGCCCUGUCACCAGGCCCAGUUCAAUGCCAUGAUGACCAAGAUGAAUGUCCAGAGACAAAUCCCCGGCAUGAUGCCUGCAUCUGACCACCCUUGGUGGGUAGUGACCAGCACCACAUGGAAGAAGCCAGGGCGGCAUGCAGCCAGCUGGGCCUUGGGAAGUUACUCUGAAAGGGGAAGAUGGUCACUUUGAGGUCCCUGAAGGAAAGAACACGGCAUCCUAACAACCCUAACAGCCAGCAGCAUGCCAUACAUCCUCUCACCCAACCAGUGGGACAGAGGCCCCCUCCUGGGACACAUGACCCUUACCUAAAGGAUCCUGGCCCAGUUGGGCCUCAUCCUGAGCCCUGGAGGGGAGGGGCACCAUGGCACCCCAGCAACAGCCAGGAUUAUCACCCAGGGGACUCAGCCUUCGGUGGCCCUGGCCAGACUUAAAAUUUGACCCAAGACAGGACAAGCUCACUCAGAGCAGCAUGUCAGUACCUGGAACCUGUGCAUGCCAAAGCUGACUCAAAGAGCAACCAGCCACCUCUGCAAGGGUGUGUUUGGAGCAGGUGGACCAGUCACCAACCUCACCCACUCAGGGAAGCAGGGAGGCCAGGUUCCGACAGCCUGAGUGGCCACCACCUGAUGAGUAAUGGAGAGAAGGCCUGAGGAAAAGCAGAUGGCACUGGGGCCCUACCUCCGGGCAUAAUAACUGAUUUAUCCUGACUGGCAGUGAGUAAGGUUGGUGGCUGGUCCACCUGCUCCUGGCACACCCUUGCAGAGGUGGUUGGUUGCUCUUUGAGCCAGCUUGGCCUUGCCUGGCAUGCACGGGCCUCAGUGCAACAACUAUGAUGCAAAUGGAGCCACACAGAGGACGUGAGCAGCAGGCUCAGGAGCAGGGUGUGCGCUGCCUUUGGGGCUCCAGUCCAUGCAUCAGGGCUCAUACAGCAUUGUGGGCUUUUUGGGUGCCAAGAGGCAGACAACAGGCCAUCUUGAGGAGAACUUUAUGUUCAAGAGCAGAAGGGCCCAAUCAGGUGGAUGAACCACACAGCCAGCUUCUGGGCAUGGGCACAGUGCCACACCUUCCUUCACUUCUUGACAUGCCCCACCAGCACUGAAGAGACAGUCUGGAGACAGGGCAAGAGGAAGACAGAAAAAUGAGAUGGUGAGUGCCAUCUUCUUCUUGACCCCAAGCCCACCGGCAGGGUGGCUCUCAGUCUUUAGGAGUGGGAGAGCAAGAUUGACAGUCUUGAGUGCUUCACCAAGACGAUGGACAGCAGGACACUCAGAUCAACAUCACAGCUGGUGAGUCGACGUGGAAGCAGAUGAUGGUGACAGACUUUAAGAAGAAGAAUCAGCAGGUGAUCAGUUCUUCAGCCUCAGCCAGGCCUUGAAGCUGGAGCAGGCCAUCCACUUAACCAGAGGUGCCUUCAACACCAUCAGUGAGAUCUUUGCUGAUCAUCCCAGGCAGGACCCUGGGACCAGUCAUGGACCUAUUCGUGCUCUCUCAGGGACACCUGGCCAACAUCCUGGACAUCAUCCACAUCCAUAAGGAAGCUCUUACCAAAGUCACGGAGAGCAGGCAACAUGUGGCAGAAGGGAAGACAGACAUGCAGAGGCCGAGGAUGUCAGGAUCACAGGAACAGGAUUUCUUUGGCCACUUUGGCUGAAAUUCAUCACUUCCCUUCAACUCACGUGAGAGACUUGAAGUCACAGAUGCAGCAUUUCUUUCAACAAAAGAUACUAUUUUUUCAAAAAGUCAACCAGGAAUUGAUAGUGUUGAACGACCAGAUAUUUGACUGUGGACUUUCUCCAGUUCAAGGAUACUUUAUACCGCAGAAUAAUAACACUGUCAGUGAGCCAGCGCCAGCUGUCGGUGGUAGUACAAGCGUGGUUUUGUGCUCAGCUGAAACCCAGCUGAACACAGAGUUGUGUAGGAAACAGUUAAUAUGGUGAUAGAAUAGAAACAGCAGCAAACAUUAACUAAAUCACGCUGUAAAUGCCUACACUACCACUGUUACUCUCCAAGAAUGAUAAUACCACUUACCUUACUGCUUUUUGACGUAUGAGUAUUUUAGUGUGUAUGCUGUACACCUCAAACCCUAUGAAGAGUCUCGAAGAAGCUGGUGGGAUAAAGCCUGCUGUGGAUGUCUUUAUACUCAAAGACUGAUGAUGCAAUUCGAGUAUGCAUCCCACCAAAUCCCAUGUCGAGUUAUACUUCCUAAUGGUGAAGGCAGAAUCAGCUGUCAGGUGAUUGAAUCGUGAAGGCAAAUUUCUCAUGAGUGAUUUAGCACUGUCCCCUUGCUACUGUCCUCAUCGUUAUCAGUGACUUCACCUGAGAUCUGGUCAUUGAAAACAGUGUCAUCCGCUCCACUCUCCGAGUUUUCCUCUUGCCAUGUGAGACCACUCACUCUUUUUUUGCCUGCCAAGAUGAUUGAAAGAUUUCUAAGGCCUCCCAGAGGCAGAAGCCACUGUGUUUCCUGUCCACCUUGUAGAACCGUGAGCCAAUUAAUCCUCUUUUUCAAAAUAAAUCAUACAGAAAAAGGCAGAUGAAGAUGAAAGCUUUGCUACAAAGAUACCUGAAAAUGUGGAAGCAGCUUUGGAAUUAGGGAAUGGGCACAGGUUGGAAGAGUUUGGAGGGCUCAAAAGAAGACAGACAGAUGAUAAAAUGUUUGGACCAUCUUGGAGAUGGGUAAAUGGUUGUGCCAAAAAUGCCGACAGAGACACGGACAAGGGAAGGGCGGGCCGAGGAGGUCGGAGAAGGAAACCACGCUUUCUGGAAGAUGUCUUCCUGUUGGUCCGAAGGACAGCACCCCUUACUUGCCGAAUUCCGAAGGCCACCGGGAGCGAGUUCUCAGCCUUUCCCAAGCCCUGGCUACUGAGGCGACGCAGUGGCACAGAAUGAUGACGGAUGGAAAUUUGGACUCCCAGGGAGACCCUCUCCUACGUGUGCCGCUGCCUCCGUCGGACCCCACGCGCCAGGAGACCCCUCCACCCAGAUCUCCCCCGGUGGCUAAUUCGGGUUCCACCUGGCUCUUUCGCCGAGGCAGUGGGCGUGGCGGAGGCCCCGCCCCCUGGGGGCUCACGUGGGAUGCCGGGAUCGCCCCUCCGGUCCUGCCCAAGACGAGGGGACGUGGCCCUCGCGCGUCACUCUUCUACAGUCCAGCUUUUAACCCUCCCAAACACGGCAGCCAAUCGGAGCGUGAGGACGUGACCGGAGGUACCACCGGAGAGAUGUGGGACCACUCAGGGCAUCAGGGGGCGUGGUCUGGUCCCUGUCGCCGGCCCGGGACGGGAAUGAUUUCUAUGGCCAAAGUUUGGUUUUCUCAACACUGUUUACAUUUGGAUUAAAACUAUGAACUUGUAGUCAAUAACUUUCUUUCUGUCUGUUCGGGGUUGUGGCGCUGGAGUCUCUGAUGGGCAGAGCCGGAGUUGUGGACUCCUGGGUCCUGAGAGAGGAGGGGACAGGGGCCUUGAACUUACAGGGCCUUGGACUUUUAGGUCUCUGAGAGGAAGGGAUGGAGAAGCUGAUCCCUCAGUCUGAGGGAGAAGGGGCUGGGGGCCUGGACCCCCUGAAUCUGAGGGAGGAGGGCCUGGAGCUCCUGGAUUCCUGAGUCUGAGGGAGGAGGCCAGUGUCUGAGGGAGGAGGGACUGGGGACAAACCCAGGUCUCCAGCCUUCCUAGCAACGCCCCCCGGGGCCGGACUUCCAGGAUCCAGCCCCUAUUGAUGGUUUGAUGCAACGCUUUCACGGGGCUUUGGAGGUAGACAGAGGCGCAGAGUAGAGAGACGGACAGAGACCGACGGACACGGGAUGGCCACGGGAACGCACUACGCCGGGAAGGUGGUGGUUGUGACCCGGGGCGCGCGCGGACUCGGAGCCGGGAUCGUCCGCGCCUUCGUGGACAGCGGGGCCCAAGUGGUUAUGUGCGACAAGGAUGGCAUCCGCAUUCCCUCUUCUUUUCCUUCCUCUCCUGGCUCCACUGGACCCAUCAGAGGUUUCCACCUAGUGUCACUCACACAUAGGUCUUCCGUGAUUGGCAAGCAGGUCAUGUGUUCCUCAUCUCCCACCUCUCCAAGGCUCUUAGCACAUCUGACAUGUGAAUGGAAAUGAAUAAAAGUCCCUCAAAGUGGGUCAACUGUAACGGAUUUUUCUUUCUCUUUUGUUUUUUUGGAGAUGUCGCCCAGGCUGGAGUGCAAUGGUGCGAUAUCGAUUCACUGCAACUUCCACCUCCCGGGUUCAAGCGAUUCUCCUGUCUCUGCCUCCCGAGUAGCUGGGAUUGCAGGCGCUUGCCACCAUGCCAAGCUAAUUUUUAUAUAUUUAGUAGAGACAGGGUUUCACCAUAUUGGCCAGGCUGGUCUCGAACUCCUGACCUCAGGUUAUCUGCUCACCUCCGCCUCCCAAAGGGCCCCCAGCCCCUCCUUCCUCAGACCCAAGAUUCCAGGCUCCCAGCUCCUCCUGGGUUGGAAUUCCAGGUGUGAGCCACCGCACCUGGCCUGUAACCAAUUUUUCUCCCUUGUUUCUGUUUCUGGGUUCCUAUUUCCUCCUUUUCAUUUUUUUUUUUUUUUUUGAGAGGGAGUUUUGCUCUUUGUUGCCCAGGCUGGAGUGUAGGGGUGCCAUCUCGGUUCACUGCAACUUCCACCUCCUGGGUUCAAGCCAUUCUCCCAAGUAGCUGGGAUUACAGGCACCAGCCGCCACAGCCAGCUAAUUUUUGUAUUUUUAGUAGCAACGGUGUUUCACCAUGUUGGCCAGGUUGGUCUCGAACUCCUGACCUCAGGUGAUCUGCCCGCCUCAGCCUCCCAAAGUGCUGGGCCACCACGCACGGCCCCUAUUUCUUUCUUUCUCAAUCAGUAUCUCUCUGUUUCCUGCCCCACUUGGGUAACUGUCUCCUACACUCUAUCUGAACCCUUGUCAACCCCCACCCCCUGACCUUGGAAUGAUGACUGCACUGUGGCUCUGACCAGCCCCCUAUCUCCUUCCUGUCUGCUACUCGCCUGCCAUGUCUGCUGAUCUCGGUACUCCUUCUUCCUCUAGCUCUUGUCCCCUGAGCUGGGAGUCCAGCUUUCCCCUCCUGCCUUGCAUUUGGCAACCCUGUCUGCCUUAUGGCUGGACACCUCAUCUAUUGCUCAUUCAAAGGACAUUUCCUGGGUAAGGUGUGGUGCCUGUAAUCCCAGCAUUUUGGGAGGCUGAGGUGGGCAGAUGACUUGAGGUCAGGAGUUCGAGACCAGCCUGGCCAACAUGGUGAAAACCCGUCUACUAAAAAAUAUAAAAAAUUAGCUGGCUGUGGUAAUCCCAGAUGUCGGGGUCUGGCACGUCUGCCCCCCGGACCGACCUUCGGGAGUCCCCGAGACCGCCAACGUAGAUGUCUCGUUCAACCUGAGAGAGACGGUGCGCGGAAAAGAAAGAAUACAGAAAAGUAGAGUCUGGAGGGCUGCGUGAAGAUUAUGGCCAAAACGCAGCAAAUUUAUUUUUGUGGGUUACAGCUUUUAUACCUUUUUUCUUGUUUACAUUUACCUUAUCUCAGCAGAAAGAAAGAAAGGGGUAGACAGAAAGGAAACAGAAACUCCAUAAAAAAUAGUUAUCAGGGGCUUGUGAUAUCCGCUCAGAAAGCAGUUUAAGGGGGCUAGUGGUAGUAGUUUACAUUUCAAAGAUUUUACAUUUCAAAGAUACAAUGGCGCCCUUAAGGUGGCUGGUUAAACCUGUUUUUCACCAGGAGCUAAAACAAAGGCUUGGCUCCAGGGAAAAUAUGGGCAGAGGUCUCUGCCCCUCUUAGGCAUCUCAAUUGCAGCAAGUUUAUUGCUUACACAGAGACUGAAGGGGGACAUGGAAGCAGACAGCACAAUGUCCUCAUAAACUGCAGGCCUUUGCUUUGCCUUCUGUUGUUGCUUUUAGUGAGUCAGCUCACGGCCCUUUGUCUCACUUGACAGCCCUCGAGGUGGGGAAAUGCAGACAGGUCCAGCAGCCAAACUGGGGCGAGUCAACUAGCUGUCUCGAGCCCUUGGCGCGAACACCACACCCAGCUACUCAGGAGGCUGAUGCAGGAGAAUCACUUGAACCUUGGAGGCAGAGGUUGCAGUGAGCCAAGAUCGCACCACUGCACUCCAGCCUGAGCAACGAGGAAAAAAAAACAGAAAACAAGAAAAUGAAAAAAUCAAAGAACAUUUCCUUUCUCCUCAGACUCUGGUUUCUGAGACCAUCUGCCGAUUUGGCCGCCUGGAUUGUGUUGUCAACAAUGCUGGCCACCUCCAUUCUGCAGGGCGCAGUAGCUCACACCUAUAAUUCCAGCACACUGGGAGGCCAAUGCAAGUGGAUCACGAGGUCAUGAGAUCAAGACCAUCCUGGCUAACAAAGUGAAACCCCGUCUCUCCUAGAAAUACAAAAAAUUAGCCAGGCCUGGUGGCUCGAGUCUGUAUUCCCAGCUACUCAGGCGGAGGCAAGAGAAUUGUUUGAACCCAGGAAACCGAGGUUGCAGUGAGCGAAGAUCGUGCCACUGCCUGAGACAGAGCAAUACUCUGGCAUCUCAAAAAAGACAUCUAAAAAACAAAAGAAAAGAACCUAUAAUAAACCUGGUUCAAUUUGAUUUUCAGGUAAAUUGUAAAUUGUCAUUUGUAUAAAUAUAUUUCAGUAAUUGUUUACACAUACACCAAUAUGUAAAUAUUGCAUAGCUAUACUAAAAAGUUAUUUGCUGUUUAACCCAAAAUUUAUAUGUAACUGUGCCUUCCGUAUUUGGUGAAUCUGCCACAUCUGCCAUAAAAGCACUUUUUAAUUUGGAACAUGUUACAAUAUAGGAAAACAGGAUAAAAAUCGUUAAACAUCAUAUAGAGGCCAGGUACUGUGGCUCAUGCCUGUAAUUCAGGUGUUUUUGGUGUGCGACCCCCUUGUAGACCCCUGCCCGGUACCCGACCCCAAAUAACAGCUCGAGAGUUGGAAGCAGAGUUCAGGUUUAUUGGGACCAGCGGGCAGGCCAGAAAAGGAAGGAGAUCGGGGCUGGCUGCGACUGCGCAGCUGGGGUAGGAGGGUUUUAUAGGGGGGUGGACGGGGCGUGGACACAGGGCUGGUGGAGUGUCGUGGGAGCUUAGGAUAGGCUGUCCGUCUCUGGGCAGACUGCUGAGGAGGCUCAGAGGGUUACGUGUCAGUUCAGGAUAGGCCGAGGCUUGGCGGGCUUUCCUGCUGCGAUGAUUGGCUGCUUGUUGUUGCUGGGCAGAACAGAGCAGGCUUGGCGGGCUUUUCUCAGGGCAGCAGGAAGCCUGGGGGGAGGGUGGGGGCAAGAAACCUGGGGGAAAGAUGGCGGGACUUUCUACCAAACAUUUGGGAGGCAAAGGUGGGAGAAUCACUUGAGGACAGGAGUUUGAGACCUGCCUGGGCAACAUAAUGGGACACCAUCUCUACAAAAAAGAAUCUAAAACUAGCCACUGUGGUGGUGUGUACCUGUAGUCGCAGUUACAAAGGAGGCUGACAGCUAAGAAAUUUUGAGUGUGGCCUGAGCAAUGAUUAUGACAUUACAUUCUGGCCAAGACAACAGAGGACAAUUGCUUAAUUAAAAAAAUUUAAUCUCAGGACACUUUGGGAAGUCAAGAGGGGCUGAACACUUUAAUUCAGGGGUUUGAGACCAGACUGGACAACAUGGCAAAACCCUGUUUCAAAAAAAAGAAAAUAAAACUACCUGGGUAUCAUGACGCUUUUUUUUUUUCAAGAUGGAGUCUUACUCUGUCGCCCAGGCUGGAGUGCAUUGGCAUGAUCUUGGGUCAGUACAACCUUAGCCUCCUGAGUUCAAACUAUUCUCCUGCCUCAGCCUCCAGAGUAGCUGAGAUUACAGGCAUGCACAACUAUACCUGGUUAAUUUUUGUAUUUUUUAUAAUACAUAAAAUUUUUGUUUCAGAGAAAAUCAACUAUUACUUUUGUAUUAGUGUAUUAUCUAUACAAAGCUAAUUCUAAUAAAACUUUAUAAAUAAGCCUGUAAGUAAUCCCAUUACUUUGGGAGGUGAGUCUGAGGCAGCUGGAUCACCUGAGGUCAGGAGUUCGAGACCAACCCGGCCAACAUGGUGAAAGCCCAUCUCUACUAAAAAUACAAAAAAAAUUAGCCAGACAUGGUGGUAGGCGCCAGUAAUCCCAGCUACUCAGGAGACUAAGGCAGGAGAAUCGCUUGAACCCAAGAGGAGAAGGUUGUUGUGAUCCAAGGUUACACCAUUGCACUCUAUCCUGGGUAACAAGUGUAAAACUUUGUCUCAAAACAAAUAAACUGUCACGCAUGUCACUCAUGUAAAGAGACCACCAGACAGGCUUUGUGUGGGCAACAGGGGCAUUUAUUUCAUGCUUGGGUGCAAGCGGGCCAAGUCCAAGAAAGGACUUAGGCAAAGUGGGUAGCAGAGGGGAUUGGUUAUAUAGGUUAGAGUAAUGGUCAGCUAAAGGUGGUAAUCUAUAUUGGGGAAAUCGAGGAUGUCACGGAUGCACAUCAAGGGUGGGGGUCGGUCAGUAAUCUAUCUUAGGGCAUCAUGGGAUGCAUGAUCACAAGGUAGGGUCAUUUAUUCCAAUUAGGCAUGAUCAUAAGGGUAGGGAGUAUUGGCUGCAGUCAGAGUCGGGGUGCUGUAGAUUACAUAGUUACAGGGGUGGGGGGUCAUCAGAAACAAUGUCCUGGGGAAAUUUUUGCAAGGCUGAACAGGAACAAUGGGUACAGGUUUCCAGAGCCAUUAGUUGAAGCAGGAACAAGUUGUUUUACUUCUUGCUGUGGCCACCUGGUUAGUCGUGGUUACUUCAGACUUUCUGGCUCCUGGGGACUUUCCAGAGGUGUAUGUGUGGGUCACCAAGGCUGAAGUGGACAGGCCUGGACUUAGAGACCUAACACACAAAAAAAAAACUUUAUAAAUAAAUCAACCAAAUUUGUCAUUUUUGACCACUCUAGAUUAACACACAUGGUUUUUUGUUUGUUUGUUUGUUUUGAGAUGGAGUUUCGCUCUUGUUACCCAGGCUGGAGUGCAAUAGCGCGAUCUCGGCUCACUGCAACCUCCGCCUCCUGGGUUCAGGCAAUUCUCCUGCCUCAGCCUCCCAAGUAGCUGGGAUUACAGGCACACGCCACCAUGCCCAGCUAAUUUUUUGUAUUUUGAGUAGAGACGGGGUUUCACCAUGUUGACCAGGAUGGUCUCGAUCUCUUGACCUCGUGAUCCACCUGCCUCAGCCUCCCAAAGUGCUGGGAUUACAGGCUUGAGCCACCGGGCCCGGCCUACUACAUACAUGUUUUACAAUCUUUUUUUAUUUUUAUUUUUUGAGAAGUAACCUUGCACUUUCUAGGCUGGAGUGCAGUGGUGUGAUCUCGGCUCAUUGCAACCUCCGCCUCCCAGGUUCAAGAGAAUCAAUCUCUUGCCUCAGCCUCCUAAGUAACUGGGAUUACACGCGCACCCUACCACGUCCGGCUAAUUUUUAUAUUCUUAGUAGAGAUGGGGUUUUACCAGGUUAAUCAGGCUGGUCUCAAACUCCUGACCUUGUGAUCUCUAAGCCUUGGCCUCCCAAAAUGCUGGGAUUACAGGCCUGAGCCACUGCGCCUGACCACUUGUUUCUUUUUAAAGUUUGGCUACUAGAAAAUUCAAAAUUAGGCCGGGCGCGGUGCCUCAAACCUGUAAUCCCAGCACUUUGGGAGGCCGAGGUGGGUGGAUCACGAGGUCAAGAGAUCGAGACCAUCCUGGUAAACAUGGUGAAACCCCGUCUCUACUCAAAAUACAAAAAAUUAGCUGGGCAUGGUGGCGCGCGCCUGUAAUCCCAGCUACUCAGGAGGCUGAGGUAGGAGAAUUGCCUGAACCCAGGAGGCGGAGGUUGCAGUGAGCCGAGAUCGCGCUAUUGCACUCCAGCCUGGGUAACGAGUGAAACUCCGUCUCAAAACAAAAGCAAAAACAAAAAAAAAACGAAAAUUCAAAAUUCACAUGGGGCUCACAUUUUAUUUCAGAUGAUUACCUCAUUCUUAAAAUCUCAGGCUACUCAAAGGACCAUAAGCGAAAAACGUAAAAAAGCUGACAUUGUGCCAGGCCUGGUGGCUCACGCCUCUAACCCCAGCAUUUUGGGAGACCGAGGAGGGCGGAUCAUGAGAUCAGAAGUUUGAGACCAGCCUGACCAACAUGGUGAAACCCCGUCUCUACAAAAAAAAAUACAAAAAUUAGCCAGGUGUGGUGGCGCAUGCCUAUAAUCCCAGCUACUCAGAGGGCUGAGGCAGGAGAAUUGCUCGAACCUGGGAGGCGGAGGUUGCAGUGAGCGGUGAUCGCGCCAUUGCACUCCAGCCUGGGCAACAAGAGCAAAACUCCAUCUCUUAAAAAAAAAAGGCUGACAUUUUAAAACAUUUGUUAUUAUAUAUUUUUAAAAUUUGUAUAUAGCCAUAUGAUAUAUUAUUUACAAAUGCAUAUGACGUUAUACUCAAGGUUGAAUGCAAAUACCCCCUGGGGUGGUCCUAGCUCAGCUCAGGGAGGAACCCCUGCCUGAAAAAACUGCAGCCUAGGCUGUCACUCUUCAUUCAGCCCAGUAUCUAAUCACAUCUUCUGUCACUCAGGGCCUGAGGGGGUGGGGUUUUAAACGUUAUCCAAUGAGCAACGCUGGGCUGGGAACUGUCCAAUCAAGCAGGCAGCUGAAGCGGACAGGGCGGCUUCCUGCGUGUGGUGGUUCCUUUGUCUCCCCCUGAAGCUGGAGCUCCAGGUCUCCUCUUCACUGCGCUGUGUGCUCUGCUCCUAAAGGCGCACGCUUUGUGGCCCUGUCGUGGUAUUGGGAGAUCCACAGCUAAGAGGCCGGGACCCCCUGGAAGCCUAGAAAUGGUGAGAGUGCCGGCCCGACUUCCUGAGGAGCCAGGAUGGCAUUAUCUUGGGCUGCUUAUUCUGGUUAUUACCGGUAAGCAAAGGCUAGCAACUCUGGCAGUUACUGAUCAGAGAAGGACGAACCGAGAUAUGGAAUGUAUCCUCUAAAGGGAGCAAGUGGAUAUCCUGAGGCUGACAGCAAUCUUCUGGUGUACUGUUAUUUUGAAAGGUAACCCCUUGAGAUGUCAAAAUUGUCUUCGGGAUUAGCCUGACUAACAUGGAGAAACUGCGUCUCUACCAAAAAUACAAAAAUUAGCUGGGUGUGGUGGUGCGUGCCUGUAAUUCUAGCUACUCAGGAGGCUGAAGCAGGAGAAUCUCUUGAAUCUUGAAUCUCUUGAGGUGAAGUUUGUGGUGAGCCAAGAUUGUGCCAUUGCACUCAGCCUGGACAACAAGAGCAAAACUAUCUCAAAAAAAAAAAAAAUUGUCUUCUACAAACCCAGAUUUGAUUUCUUGGAGACAAAUUGUUGGUCAGCCAAUCAGAUGCUGGUAAUGAGGCAAAAACACAGGAAUAAUUUCUGCCCUCUAAGUUAUCUAAGGGAACAGAAAAAUAGUGAAAUAAAUAUGGUAAAAGUGAAAGAGUUAAAAAAAAAAUUCGUGACCAAAAAAAAAAAUAGUAUCCCAAAAGACAGACAACAAAACCAACAAGAAACUCACUCUAGUAAGAUGGUGUAAGAGCUUGUAAAGUCAAAUGCGCCUAGGGCAGUUACCAAGAAAUGGUGCCAUGUCUCCUGAAUGAGUGGUUCUUGAGCACAUAAGUGAGCAACAGUACCUGUAACCACUGUAACCACAUCCUGCUUGGCAAGUCUACCUGCUAUUGUGGAUACCCUCCUUGGUAAUUGGUUGUAUGGAAAGUUCCCCUGCUACCCCCUUAGUAAUUGCAUGGAAAUACCCUUAGCAAUCAACAAUCCUGGGAACCUCCUUUCCCUGGGUUACCAGCUUCCCUAUCUAACUUACUUGUUCUGCUUCUGUAAAAUUCUGCUUCAGCUAGGCUCCCACUCCCCUACCUAAAUCAAGGUAUAAAGGGGAAUCAAGCCCCAUCCUCGGGCCGAGAGAAUUGUGAGCAGUAGCCAUCUCUUGGUGGCUGGCAAAUAAAGGACUCUUAAUUUGGAA